CCCAUUCAUCCCUUCUUUCUAAUUUCUCCGCUCCUUUUCUUUCGUCUUGCUCCUCAGCUCCAUGGCGGCCGCGAGAUUUCUCCUCCGCCGCGGCUCCUUCGCCACCUCCCGCUGCCUCCUCCCGACCCAUCCGCCGCUCCCCACCGCCGCCUCGUCGACGGCAUCGCGGCUGGUCCCGGCGCAGGCCCACUCCUCCCAAUCAGAGCCCCCGUCCGCCCAGCCCAAGCGGAUGAGGACCUUCUCCAUCUACCGCUGGAACCCCGACGAUCCCUCCAAGCCCCAGCUCCAUAACUACGAGAUCGAUCUCGCCGAGUGCGGCCCCAUGGUCCUCGACGCCCUGAUCAAGAUCAAGAACGAGGUCGACCCCUCCCUCACCUUCCGCCGCUCCUGUCGCGAGGGCAUCUGUGGCUCCUGCGCCAUGAACAUCGACGGCGAUAACGGCCUCGCCUGCCUCACCAAGAUCCCGUCGGCCGAGUCGCCGACGACGGUCACGCCGCUGCCGCACAUGUUCGUGAUCAAGGACUUGGUAGUCGAUAUGACCAAUUUCUAUAACCAGUACAAGAGCGUGGAGCCGUGGCUCAAGCGCAAGGACCCGCCGCCGGUCCCCGGGAAGGAGAUCCCUCAGAGCAAGAAGGAUCGUGCGAAGCUGGACGGGAUGUAUGAGUGUAUUCUCUGCGCCUGCUGCAGCACCUCCUGCCCCAGCUACUGGUGGAACCCGGAGUCGUAUCUCGGUCCCGCUGCGCUCCUCCAUGCCCAUAGGUGGAUACAAGAUAGCCGGGACCAAUACACAAAGGAGCGUCUUGAGGCUGUCAACGACGAGUUCAAACUCUACCGCUGCCACACUAUAAAGAACUGUGUUCAUGCCUGCCCUAAAGGACUGAACCCUGCAAAGCAAAUUGAAUCUAUUAAGAAGCUUGAACUUCAGAAGUAAUUCCGGGCUUCACCAUGCAAGGGCAGCUCUUGGUUCUCACUUUUGUCUUAACAAUAAUGACCAUUGACUGUACACUUUAAUUUUCGGCCACUUAUUUUAUGAUUUAGAAAUAAGGGUCUACUUGGCUCUUCAUUCCAUCAACUUGGGACUGUCUUGAGGUAAUAUAUGGUUUUAUUGCAUAUCAGUUCAUAAAGCAUGUUGCAUUUGA